UUCCGACUCUGGCUUCUUCACGACUUGCGGAUAUCAGCAUGACAUCCAAACUCAUCGCCAUCAUCGCCGGCGUCGGCCCCGGAACCGGUGCCUCGGUAGCUCGCAAAUUCGCAAAAACCUACCCCGUCGUGCUCCUCGCACGCAAACCAGAGCACUUUGAAUCGCUCGCCGACGAGAUCAAAAAAAGCGGUGGAAAAGCUCUCGGUGUCUCCACAGACGUAUCGUCUCAAGAAUCCCUUCAAAACGCGCUCGCACAGAUCAAGAAAGAGUUCGGCAAUGACGUUAGCGCCGCGGCGGCUAUCUUCAACGCCAGCGGUGGCUUCCUGCGCAAACCCUUCCUAGAAACCGACGCCAGUGUGUUCGAGCAAUCCAUCAACGUAUCCGCACUCGGCGGCAUCCUGUUCUCCCAGACCUUCCUCCCGUUACUUCUCAAGGCGAAGGAAGCAGGGUCUGAGCACCCGCCCACCCUGAUCUUCACCGGCGCCACCGCGAGUAUUAAGAGCAGCGCCCAACUCGCGAGUUUCUCGACGGGGAAGUGGGCGCUCAGAGCUCUAAGUCAGAGUCUGGCCAAGGAGUUUGGGCCGCAGGGGGUUCAUGUCGCUCAUGCGAUUAUUGAUGGCGUGAUUGAUAUCCCGAGGACGAAGGAGUGGUUGAAGGAUCUAGGGCCUGAGGCGAAGUUGAGCUCUGAUGGGAUUGCGAAUGAUUAUUGGUACCUGCACACACAGCCUGCGACAAACUUCACGUGGGAACUGGAUACCAGGCCGGCGGUUGAGAAGUGGUAGGUAUGCUGACACUCCAAAGUGUCACGAUGCUGAAAAUGGGGAGAAAUGGCGAGAUUGCGGUCACCCCAAAGAGAUCAAUGAAAGCCCGGAUUUGAC